AAAAUGUCCAUCGAUCACGACGGACGCAGACGAGGUACUACAGCAUCACGCGACAAAACCCCUCCUUCAGUACGGACGACUAGCGGCCCUGACAAAAGGGAGCCCAAACCUAGGACGAUUCUUGGGGGUUCAAUUCAGGGCAGCAUUCAUUUCCUUGCUAUAUUCCCCAACAAACCUCGAAAACGACGAUCUUUUGGCGAGCACGACUUGCCACGACGACGACUACGACGGUCUCUUCCAAGCUGCUCCGAAAAAGUUCCCUGCUGCGGGGUUGGCCAGCCAUCAAAACCAUACCACCGGGCCUGGGCUCACCCUUUUAAAAACACCCAUCAUCAUCACGCCCACCAGUACCCAACAUCAACAACAAGAACGACGACGACCACCACCACCACCACACAUAUAGACCAUGCCAUUCUUCCGCAUAACCCUGCACCGCAGCGCCAUCGGCCUGCCCGAGCGCACGCGGGGCGUCCUGAUGGCCCUCGGCCUGCGGAAGCGCACGCAGACCGUGUACCACCCGGUCAGCCCGCAGUUUGCGGGCAUGAUCAUGAAGGUCAAGGAGCUGGUGCGGGUCGAGGAGGUCGACCGCGCGCUCGACUCGCAGGAGCAGCGCGCGCUGCGGAGGCCGGACCCGGGGUUCUACGUGGAGAAGAAGGCUGGCGGGGGUUCUGCUGCAGUUGCUGCUGCUGCCGCCGCUGAGGGGGAGAGGACGGUCUGAUUUGGAAGGGGGGGGAGAGAACCGCCGUAAUGCAUGUUUCGGUUUUUUUCUUUUGGUAGCGGGAGAGGUCAUCAGCCCAAGGUCGAAUGAGCCAUGAUCAAAUGUGCCUACGACGUACAUUAAACGACAAGGGGGAGUCACUCUCGAUGUCCAAAUUGGACAUGGGAGCUAAGUCGGUAACGAGCCCGCAGUGGAGCGGUAUGAGUCCAAAUGACAUGGAGGAUGUCAUCCGUUGGCAAGCAACAAGAGCAGGACGAUCAGGGGCAAGAACUUGCCCGUGGGGCCGUAGGGCCUUGGUGUUUAGGUCGUGGCCGUCACACAACCUGCACAAGUCCUUUGUGCAUGUACGCCAGGUACGGGCCAACAAUUGUAUCAAAAAUGUAUAUUGAACGAAUACCACAUCAAUAAAGUUGUUGGAAUAUGAUCGA